UCGACGCCUAAGUUUGGAUCAAUAGCAGGCGAACGCGCUCAGUCUGCGAUGGCAGUGAAUACCGGGUGGACGUGAGGCUGCCGCCGGCUUUCUUCCAUUCUCUUUCGGGUGCUAUCACACUAGUCUGAUGGUGGCGGGUGUCUUAACCUUCCUUCAGAACUAACUCUCACUCACCACGACCCUUCACCACCUUCAACACAUCUGUGAAAAACAUCUGUAUAUAGUUUAUCACUCUCAUCGCACAUGCUCACAUAACUCCCGAGGGGCGACUUCGAACCAAAAUGCGAGCCAAACAGAACUUAAAGUCUCAGCAGAAAAAUAAGCUGUUUGAUAAAACUAUAUCAAAAGGCAAGAAUAAGAAGCAGGCAUCUACUAAAGGCUUCCUGAAGAGCGGCGACGGUAAAAGUCUAAUGAUUGACGCCAUUGAGGUGAUGUCCCCGGACUCCCUUGGAAGCGAAGUGCCUCUGAUAGACACGAGCGAAGGCGAUGUGACCAUAAUACCUGAACUAGUUGGUAGUAAAGAUGACGGAGCACAAACGGAAAAGGAUGGUAUGGCCACACUUCUGAAUCCCAAUAGAUAUAAACCACUAGAGAAAGCCAUGGCCACAGAACACGCAACAGACCAGGUCUUCAACAGACACGAAACGGGGAAAAUAAAAGCUGAGAAUGGGGUGAGCUUAAAUAAAAAAUCAAGUCACGGCGCUAAACCGACAUUGUCCAGCCCGACGAAGUCUAGAGUAAGAGCUAAAAAUUCUACUCCCAAAAAAGGAAAAAUGGCAGGCAAGAUUACGAUAACUUCAGAUACUGGGAAAGGGAAACUAACACCAGAUAACGAAGUUUCUAGUCCGACUAGGCAUAAGAGGUCUGAUAAAAUUGUCAUCACUUCAAGCCCAACCAAAGAAAAGGCUGGACAGAAGACCUCAGCAGCAAGCUCCCCAUCGAAGAGCAAAACCCCAGACAAGGCUGGAGAAAAUUCGAACUUGGCAGUAAACAACAAGACUAAAGACUCUAAAAAAAUAUCAGUUUUGAAGAGAGACACAAAGAAAACUCCCAGAGUAUCCAAAAAGGCAGCAGAGGGCGAUAACUGCAAGAAACAAGAAAGUCAAAACUCUAACAAGAACUCUGAGGCUGACGACAAGACUCCAGACUCGCCAGAAAAGAAGACAACAGAGAAAGUAAACACACCGCAAGGGAAGAAACCUGGUGGCACUGAUAACACAGCCAAGGAUCAAGAUGGAGAGAGCACAGACGAUGGCAUGGAGAUAGAUAUCGACGACUUGGACAGUGAUGAUGGAUCCUCAGACAGCAAAGACUCCAGAAAUGAAACUAUCAAAGAUCCGAACGAAGAGCACAUCAUUGUCCUUAAGGAAGCCGAAGGAGGCGCCAGUGAUAAGUACGAAACAUUUAAUAAAUCCAAACGCCCCAGGUUCAAGUGCGGGAUUUGUGGCAAGUUUUCAUCAGCCAAGGCAGAUCUUCUGAAGCACAUACGAAUACAUACUGGAGAGAGGCCAUUCAAAUGCAAGGUCUGCAGUUCAACCUUCGUCCAGAUUACUGCUCUUCGGGGACAUGAAACUAUCCAUACUGGAGAAAAACCAUUUAGAUGUGACAUAUGCAACAAGAGCUUUGCCUUGAAAGAUCGCUUGAGGCUUCACAUGAGAGUCCACACGGGAGAAAAACCUCACAAAUGCGAUCAGUGUGACCAGACCUUUGCUCGACGCAGCCAAGUCACCCAACACUCAAGAGUUCAUACUGGAGAGAAGGCUUAUGAGUGUGCCGAGUGUGGAGCUCGUUUCGCCUCCUAUCACACACUCAGGGGCCACUUGAAUGCUCAUCGCGGUGUCAAGGAGUUUCAGUGUGGCGCCUGCGGCAAGAAGUUCAUCCGGGUGGAGGGGUUAUACAAACACAUACGCACAGUCCAUCGCGGCUCUCGCCCCUACUAUUGUAACCUGUGCGGCAAGGCCUUCAAAGGUCACCUGCAGCAACAUAUGCGGCUUCACCUUGGCGUGCGUCCCUUCGAGUGCUCGACAUGUGGUGCUACAUUCACUCAAAACUCACAGUUAACUGUCCACAUGAGGAUCCACACCGGCGAGAGACCAUACAAAUGCCAAAUUUGUGGUGCAGCAUUUGCACAUUCCUCUGCUUGCAAAAUCCACAUGCGGUCUCACACCGGAGAGAAGCCAUUCCAGUGUGUGUUGUGUUCGACCUCGUUCUCACAACUCCCGCACCUGAAGAAGCACAUGAAAUGCGUUCACAAUGCCGCGAAGCCAUACCUCUGCACCAUCUGCAAAGAGUUCUUCCAGACGCAGAACGAGUUGGACGGGCACGAGCGUACGGUCCACGGCAUGGACAAGACAGCUGAACAGGAAGCCGAGGAGAUGGUGGAGGAGUCCGCCCUGGCGCGGCUCCGUAACCGCCUUGCAGUUCUCCUUUACCGCAUCUCCUCUGAAGAGCGGCGACGCAAGUUCGGCUUCGGCCAACGACUGGUGGACGAAGUGCUAAAGCUGUCGUUGGAGUCCUCCGGUCAUGUUCCCAUCAACGACAAGUCGCUCUCACGGCUGGACGAACUACGCAAGAACGUCCUGCUCCUUCUGAAGUGGACAAUCCCCAAGGACACGAUGGAAGAGUAUCACAAAAAUAACAUGACUGUUGAUGAGGUGCUGGACAUGCUCACCUCUUAAUGACAUUGAACUUAGGUAUUAAAUGUAACAGUUAUCACUCUUCUGUUAUCGCAGUCUUCAAAACGGUUCCCUAAACAGGGAGAACAUCGGUGUAAGCCCACAGCUUACAUACUACCAAGAUAUUAUUUCUAAUGCCUUUGUAACUUUAUGAAUUUUUCGUAACAAUUUUCUUAUAUUGAUAUGCAAUAUUGUUGUCAACAUAUUAUUUUUUAAAAAGAUGAAUUGUGCAAUGUCGCUUUUGUAAGUUAUAAUAUUACGUCUUUAAAUUGUAUUUUAAUAAUAUUCAGAUAUUUUUUAUUAACUGUUUUCACACAUUUUUCAGCUUCUCAAUAAUUGUAUAAAGCUCUCAGGCUCAAUUUUAAUUGUGUCAAACAAAUAUUAACUGUAAUACUCUUAUCUGGUUGAAAAUAAUAUUUCUUUGUUUCGUUUGGUAACUUAUUUAAUGGUGAUAAUUAUAUAAAUGCUGUUUAGUGUAUAUGCCAGCAAUUUGUGUCAUAUUAGCAUAGUUUACAUUGUUAAUUUGCUAUACAAAUAAGGUCAUGUACAAGACGGUUUGCCAACAUAUUUUAAAACUAACCUAACCUUGCCCAACCUCACCUAACCCAACCAUAUACGGUUUUAACUUACAGAAAACGAGCUGUACCGAAUCGUCUUGUAUACGACUUGAUUCUACCCCGUAAUUUAAGGUUUAUUUAUUAUGGAAAAU